UGGAGACAAUGAAUACAUCUCUUUGAAAGGACAACAAUCAGGGCACAUGUUAAAACACACACCUAAAAUAGCUAAUAACAAAAGAGAACACGUCAGUCUGCUCUCCCAAAAGGCACUCCCUGUUAUUUUUAUGCAGGAACGUCAUUAUCUUUGGUAUUGUUUUGUAAAUAGUCCCGGAUUUCAUAAUGAACAUAAACUCCUCUUUCGUCACGAGACAGUCAGAGAGAGCUGCUGAAAAACAGCACACAGAGCUGAUAUGACACUGGCCAGUGUUUAAACUAGUCAGGUUUAAAACACAGUUAUUCUGUUCUUCCUGGAAAAAGCUUAAUCAUUUGGAAAUUUAUAAUAGUUUUAUUUAGCUUUGAAUGAGCAGAAGUGGAUAAAAUGCCGGCUGGGACAUCUGCGUCUCUCUGCCAGAUUUUACUGUCUGUCUGCCUCCUGUUUGCCUCUACAGAUGGGAAAAUUAUCAGAGCUGAGCCUGGACAGGACGUCACUCUGCCAUGUCAAACUCCAAACAUCAGCGUGCCCAUCAGAUCUGUGGAGUGGUUCAGACUUGACCUGCAGGAAGGACAUGUCCUUACAUACCGGGGUGAGCAGUUUAUUUCAUUGAACCAGCUUCCAUCGUUUGUGAACCGGGUGGAUCUGAAGGACAGACGGACGAAGGACGGAGACGUGUCUUUGAUUCUGAAGGAUGUGACGAGUGACGACACUGGAACAUUUCAGUGUUACGUCGUCCAGAGAGGAACAAAUGGCAGAAAAAGCAUUUUUGAAUAUAUCAGCACCGUCUACCUGAGAGUUGUUCCUCCAGGUCAGACAGGAGGACACAGGAAACGUGAAGGGAACGAGGAUGUAUCCUCUGGAUUGGACUUUUGUUUAACAGUUAGUGUUAUACUUGUUACACUAGCUCUUGCUUUUUUUAUGACCUUGACAAUACCCAAAACACAGGAGAAGAAGAUUUGAUUCAGCCAUCAGAUGACUCGACAGGUGAGCCUUAAGUCACCUACCCACUAAACAUUGGACAUCGGAUAGACGUCCAUAUUAUGUCUAUAUUGGGUCCAUUGGCACAUGACCAAUUCUGGACAUCUAUAUAUCCAAACUAGGUCCACAACUUGAACAUUAAAACACUAGAUUUCAGUAGACAUCGAAAAAAAAGACCUCACCUGGUGUUAAAUGGCAGAUAAAAGUCACUCCGAGGUCAAUUUGCUCAGUGGGUCGCUAGCAGCAGUGAGUUGUAGAUGUCUAACAGAUCUUGAAUUUAUUUAGUGUUUCUUCAGAAACAUUAUUAAAGAGAUUAAAAAAUAAAUAAAUGAAAUUAAGUGUUUUCUUUUCCAAGAUUGUUUCGCUGUUAAUAAGCAGUAAUUUCAAUCAAAGAUGGAUGUAAUCAAGUCUUCAUAGAGCAGCCAGUCCCAAAUGACUGCUACAAUCCAUUUUCACCAAAAGUUAUUUUUUAUUUCCAGAAUUAUUUCUAUCAUUAUGUUUUCAUUUAUCAAUUUGAUAAUUUACUUUUUUGGGAAGCAGUGUGUGAAACCUAAAAAUGUAUGAUCACAUACAUCAUGUUGAAACAGGAUUUCUACAUGAUCUAGUUCUCAUUUGUUUUGUUUCUACGCUGUACAUACAGCCUGGUAUAUAUUUAUUUUAGGAGUGUUGGGAUUAAAUAAUUUGCAGUGCCUCAAUAAUGCUAUGCUUUUAUUAAUAAGUGUUAUAAAGUUAUAUAGAGUAGUAUUAAGUGGACACAGCCCUGAAAAAUAAAGGUAUGACACCAUGUGUCCUUGGGGAGUAGAAAGCUGCAGACUCUCGCCCAUGCAUGCCUGGGAAAAUGUAGAUAAGAGUGGAAAGUUACUGAGACACUGUUGUUUAGACUAGAAUGAGAGAGCUUCUGUAAUAAAACUGUUAGUGUCAUGCAGGAUGCAUUUCCCUUCUAGAAGUAAUGUGAAAGAGAAAUAAAGAGUUAAAUGGUCUCAGUGUAGCACUGAGCAGUGUUUUGUCUUCCAUCGGAUGCCUCUGAGGAAUCAAAAGAACUCGGUUAAGUGUUGAUAUUUAUAUUUACAGGAGAUGGUGGAACAUGUUUGGUUGUCACUGUCAGACGUUGUGUAUUGUUGCAUGUGUUCACAGAUAAAGAGAGUUUACAAAGUGAAUAAUAAGCAGGUUAAUCAGUGUUAGUGCGACUGCUCAGAUAUAUUAUUGAAGCUGCAGAGCAGGAGGAUUUAGUUGUAAGUUACACUGUAUGUAAAAGGGACCAACAUACAGUCAUUAUUUAGUAAAUUUGUACCUAAACAAACAAGAUAACCAGAUGGGUUAAAAUAUCUGAACCUGAGUUAACGUUGUGUUUUUAUGUGACAACAAGAUGACGUGUACAUGGACAGAAAAAGAUGGUGAAAUUCUGUUUAAUAAACAAACGAGGAAGAGCUUGCAGACUGAACACAACUCAUGUCUCCUGCUCCAGUUUUUCUGUAUAACACAGGUCCAUCUGAAGCCCUGCAACAGCUACAACGAGCUCUCAUGUUCCCUGUUUUUCAUGAAAACAUGACAAAAUGUCAACAUUUGAUACUUAUAAAAAUCCAGUUUUGAUUUAUUUAAGAAAUGCGCCCUACUCACAUGCCCAGCACAAAACAAUAAAA